AUGACCUACCUCACGCCUCACCUGGGAUUCGCAGACACAUCUUCCGGCUCGUCGACAGCCGCCGCACUACCACCCGCGGGAACUCAUCUGCUUAUCACCGACACCCUCGAAUCGCCUGGUCAUUUCGCGAGCUACCAUCUCAUCAUCUGGGUGGACUUUCGAGGCGAAGGCAGGACAAGCUGGGAGACUGUGCUGAAAAAGCUGGGAACACUGCUUCCACCCCCUCCAUCACCGCUCUUCGUCCACAUUACUCCCUCCGCCUUAGAUCUCCAGGUGAAGGCAUCACCUGUCAACCCCUCCCCUAAGCUGUUUGACGGGUCCACCCCGACUCUGCGAGCGACAUACGAUGCCAUUUCGAGCGGUCUCUCAGCCGCAUCUGGCCCUGCAGCAGACUCCGCCAAGACCACAUCAACGGGCUCGUCCAGCGCACAGAGCCCUUUGGUCAUCCUGGACGGUCUGGCCGAAUUGCUCUGGAUAGGGUUCACACCUAUCGCUAUAGCGCAAUUCGUCCGCGCCACACUCGCGCUUGCUCGAAAGACAAACAGCAGCCUCGUAUCUACCCUCCACGCCGACCACCUUCCCCUGACCGCCGCUUCACCCUCCUCCUCUUCCGCUUCACCAUCCGCGGACCUCUUAGAUCGACUCAUCAGACUGGGCGGAGGGGGAUGGUGGCGUGUCUCCAACCUCUCCAGUGGGCGUAGCGGGGAUGUCCAUGGCGAAAUCUCUUCUCACCCUCUAUAUCCUCCUGGGACCGGAUCAUAUCCCGACGUACCCGCCCAUCAACCCCUCCAGUACCGACUCGAAGCGAGCACCGUGCGGGUGUUCCCGAAAGGGACAGGUCGAGGGUUCCUAUGA